AGCGCCAUCUGGAGAUUCGUGCAUUCCUGUGGCACAACCUGACAAAGAUUCACGAGUCUUAAUAGAUCUGCCUCUAUCAAUUUAUCAGGUUACACUGCUGAUUAUGGGUUUCAUCUCACGCUUGAUCACGUUCCUCGGACUCGUCCUACUUGCUCAUGCGGGCUACUCCGCACAUGAGCAUACGGUUCUGCACAGCAAUGCCCGUGUCUCUUCCGCGUCUGCCGCUCUCCCUCAAGACAUCGUCAUCGAAGCUCUAGUAUCCCUCGUCAUUGUUUCAAUGGGUCUGGUGCUGGGCGCGCCCAAAUUGAAGCCGAUUAGCUGGAGUCAGUGGGCUGGAGAGAUUGAGAGGGAAGGUGGUGGCCGGAAUCCCUACCGGAGACUGGAGGAGAGGUAUAACUUCUGGGAUGUGCGGGGUAAACGGGAGGAAUUUGCGGAGUGGAUUAAGAGAGAGAAUCCUCUGAAGGAGUGACUUGGGAAUUUUCAUAAAAGCUAUUUGGGAUGGCACUUUACAUGUACAGCUACAUCAGUCAAGAGUAAUGAAUAAGUCGUUGCUUCGGGGUUACUGUCCUUACUAUGUUGCUCGGGAUUAGCUGUGUAGGCUGGUCUUUAGCUGACUAUAUAUGGAGCAGGUGUCGAGUACGAGGUAAGGUAUAGGGUGUCGAAUGUUAGUCUUGGAAGAUGCUUCUCUGUAUGUGUCUUCUGUGCUGUUGGUUCGAUGAAUUGCGCAGAACUAACAUACAACCUUCUAAUGUACUUCUCAAUACUCUUGAGAAUAACCAUAAACCGCUUGACACAAUCCUCUGACCCCUUUAGGGUGAUGAGGUAGCUACCGACCUAUUUAUCAAACCCUAGAGCAUAUCUAUCUCCCCACGGACAGUCCGACGGUCCAGCAGCAAGCGCCCAAU